UCUUCGUUUAUCUAUUCUUUUCUUUGACGGUUGGGGAUCGAUUGGAGGAGAGAGAGAUCUUCUCUUUAUCGAGGAAAAUGAGUGGUUUUUGGGAGCUGUAAUGGGGAUUUGAGGUGGGAAUGGAGGCGUUAGCGAAUUCUGUUUUCGUUUGAGAUCCGGAGAAUUUGCCGCCUGGAGCUAUUCGAUCUGUUUCUAAAGAGGAAUUCGCCUGAAUUAUGAAGUUUUUCCGACGAUCGGAGGGAGGAUUUUGAGAUCUGCAUGCGGGUUGCACCCCAAGUCGCCGUCUUGGAGGUGAGAGCACGGGCUUCUGUUCCGUUUCCGGCCGCGAUUCGUCGGAUGAGCUUAAAAAGAGCUGACUUUUGGCGUUUUCGCGGAUUUGCUCGAAGCUUUUGAUUUUGUGUGUUUUGUAUGACGAUCGGGUGUAGAUCGAUCCUUUUGUGGAUGGUUCUUUUGUGAUUCCCUGGGAUUUGCCUAGUUGGACGAGUGAUCGGGGAUUGAUUUCUGCGAAAUUUCGAUGUUUAUCGCAGCGAUCCCGUUAGUCUUGUGCAAAUUCGGUCUGAACUUUGGAAUAUAGUUUCGAUACUUCCGAUUAAUGAGCUUUGCUUGACUACAAAUAUGUUGCUUAUUGAGGCGCACGGAUCCCUAAGCAGGAUAUCUAGGCAGAUGCUUGAAUUCAAUUAACUUGUUUCUAUUAGAAUAUGGGUUAAUCUAAGAUAGCUCAUGGCUCCAUGUGCAAGGCAGAUUUAAGGGGGUUGUGACAGAUUCACUGUAUUUGGAUUUUGGUUUUGCAUGAUGUUUUGUUGCAAUGGGAUAAGAUUCUUGGUGGUAUGAAUCUUUGGGAUAUGGUGUCUCAGAAGAGAUUAGAUAACGGAUUCGGUGGUUACCGGCUUCCUCCUAUUCCACACUUUCCGAAAUCAGCAAAGAGAAAGCGGUCGGCCAGAAAAAGACGUGAUGAUGAGCAGUUGUGUGCAUUUGAUUUACUUGUAGAAGUAGCUGGGAAGUUGUCGUCAGAGAGUGAGAAUUCUACUCUCCCCCCAUUCUGCAUUAUUGGGAGAUCUAAGGAGGUGGCUAAACAAGAUCUGUUAGGCAAUAAAGAGGAGCUAAAAACUGAAAUUCCCGAUUUGUUAAGCAACACUGUUUUAGCCCCUGAGAUUGUCGUAAAAAAACAGGUGGCUUAUGCCUCAAAUAAACUCCCACAAGCCUCAAAACCGGAACAUUCAGAACCGCUUUGUCUUCGGUUGAAGUCUAAGAUAUAUGAUACUGCUGCAGGAGGAUCAGUGGUCUCAAACAGUGGAAUUGGUAUUGGUUGUUCUGCAUCUACUGACAUUUGCAGAUCUGGCUCGAUAAGAAAGUCUUCUGAAAAUAGGUUAGAACUGGAAGCUAUGGAUAUAUACAGCUUGGAGGAUCCUAUGGAUUUGGAUGUCAAACCUCCUGCUCCGGCCAGUUCUGAUAGUAGUGCUGAAGUUCCGGUGUCCAGGGAUAAUCCCUGCAGUAGUUCGAUGCCCAAGCAUGAAAGUGGCAUCGAACACAUUGUACAUAGAGAUGAUGACGACAACUCUUCUGGGUGCACUCACCCUAAUACUAUUACUAAUAAGGCCUCUAGGCCAACAAACUGUAUAGGAGAUCAUGGAGAACGAAACUUCUCUGCAUCUAAGUAUUGGAAAGCAGCCAUAAAUUUGUCGAAGUAUGGUCAGAUAUCUCAUCAUGAUAUACAAAGGAAGCCCUUUUUACAUGACAAGAAAACCUGUUACACUCGUCAAAGAACGCAGAGAAGCUACUUCAAGAGAAGGAAGUUGUUUGAACGUUGCCCAGUGUCGGCAUCUAAUCGAGGAUUCUUUAGAAUGAAAGUUUCCAAUACGUUCAAGAAGGAUAGUAACAAGCUAGAAGCUCAUGAUCCACGUGGAACUGCUAUUCGAGCAAAUGGUGUGACAUCCCCUAAAGCGGAGCAAAGUUCAUAUAAAUCAGUGAAAUUCAGCAUAAAAUCUUUUAAGAUUCCAGAACUUUAUAUCGAGAUCCCUGAGACUGCUACAGUAGGUUCCUUGAAGAGGGCAGUAAUGGAAGCAGUGACCGCGAUACUUCAAGGUGGACUUCAUGUCGGUGUUAUCCUUCAGGGAAAGAAGGUUAGAGAUGAUAACAAGACGCUAUGCCAGUUUGGUAUUUCUAAUGGAGAUGCAUUAGAUAGCUUGGGAUUCACUCUGGAACCUACGACAACUCAAAUGGCACAACAACUAACAAGUUCUGAUAAUUCCCGAUUUCUAUGUCUUGAUGAUGCAGUUCAACCAUUAGCAAGGAUACCACCUAUUUCUCUUCCUAUAGAUCGAGAUCCCUCUGAUGCCUCUCCACAACCUGCACUUACCUCCUGCCCCAAAAGUGAUCACGACUCCGUUCACUCACCGACUAACACAUUAUCACUAGAUAAAACAACUGAAAACAAACUGGCUUUGGUUGCUCUUCCAGCCAUGGAUGUUGAAGCACUUGCUGUGGUUCCUCUCCGCAAUCCGAAGCGUCUUGAGCAUGCUCAGCGACGGAUUAGGAGACCCUUCUCAGUUACCGAAGUGGAAGCACUGGUUGAGGCAGUUGAAAAGCUCGGAACCGGAAGGUGGCGAGAUGUCAAGCUUCGAGCAUUUGACACUGCAAAACAUCGAACAUAUGUCGAUCUCAAGGAUAAGUGGAAGACCCUGGUGCACACGGCCAAUAUCUCCCCUCAGCAACGGCGCGGCGAGCCAGUGCCACAAGAGCUAUUGGACCGGGUUCUCUCGGCCCAAGCCUACUGGUCUCAGCAGCAGGCCAAGCUCCGAAUCAAGGAAGAACCCCCUCUACCACUGCCACCAGUUCUUUGCUCCUCUGACCCGAACCAACAAUUCUCCUCGUCGUCUUCUUCUUCCUUGCUCGAACCCGUAGGAACCUGAGAAGAUCGAUGUUUUAUAUGAUUCAUCGAUGUAAAAAAAAAAAAAAACUAAAAUAAACUAGUCUUGUGUAAUACUAAUGUUAAUUCUCUCACAGCAUUAUUCUUUUCUAAGCCAGGAUCAUUUCCCCUGUUGUUAUUUUGGGAAGGGGCUUUCCUUGGGCACUCUUUGUUGUACAUGGUUGUUGUCCUGUGAUCCAGGGAAACCCAUUAAAAAACUUAUGGAAUAAGCAAAUUGCUCUUUGCUUCUUUCCAUUUUUUUCUUUGCAUUAAUAUUGAUUCAUUUUGUUUGAA